CACCGUAGCGGGGGCAGCCGCGCUUCGCCAUGGUGGAAAGAGCCGGGCGCUCUUCGGAAACCCUUCGCUAUGCCGAGUACGCGGCCAGAAGCGGCGGGAUUCCUGGGCCGGAUACCCACAACGGGCUGCUUCCAUUUAGGUUGCUUCUCCAAAAUCAGAGAGGGAGGAAAGGCCAUUUGGAUGGCAGUGGGGAGACCAGAAAGGCCAGUUACAAAUGGUGCCAGGUCUGUCAUAGCUGUUGGUCUUGGCAUUGCAGCUGUUGCAUUUGGAGGUCGCUACGUGUUACACCUCUGGAAGCCACUAGAACAAGUCGUCACAGAAACCGCAAGAAAAAUUUCAACUGCUAAUCUCUCUUCAUACUAUAAAGGUGGAUUUGAACAAAAAAUGAGUCGGCGAGAAGCUAGUCUUAUUUUAGGUGUGAGUCCAUCUGCUGGCAAGGCCAAGAUUAGAACUGCCCACAGACGAAUCAUGAUUUUGAAUCACCCUGAUAAAGGUGGCUCUCCCUACUUAGCCACAAAAAUCAAUGAAGCGAAAGACCUGUUGGAAUCCAGCAGUAAACACUAAGACCCCAGGAUUUCUGUCUGCAGAAAUUCAGAACAUUUUAUUACACCCAGACAACCCCAUCCAGGGCCGCAACAGCCCCUGGUGUGACUGAUUUCUUUUCUGCAUUGAGCAAGAGUGUCAGAACUGGUCUGCGGUUGCAGGAUUGUGAAUGCAGUUCUAAGAAUACUUGAAGGUGCAAUUCGGAACAUUUAAUAAUAAAAAUCGACCCUGCUUUGCAAACCUGACUUGUGCCACACUUGCAGGAAAAGUGCAUUGCCUGGAUAUGACACCUGAGGUGCAACCGCAUCAUGCAAAAAGGUACCUUCCCUCCACAGAGUACCCAGCAUGGCAGUUUGCAUAUGUUCUCUCCUCCUGCAAAAAGACAGAGCGUUUUCCUUGAAGAGGCCCAGUACACUCUAAUCACAUGCGCUGAUUGAAGCACUGUGCAUGAUGAAUUUAAUUCUGGGCUUGGACCUGAAGCACCUCUUCCCUGUCAACCACAUCUCUUUCCUACGUAGCCAAAAUAUUUUGGGCUGCUUUUUAAGGGCAGUAGCUGUUGGGUGAUAUAAUUCAAUAAUAGUGUCAUAAUAAAACAGGGAAAUUAAUAAAAUAAUGAACAUCAGCAUUAGUCACAAACAUGCAGCUCAGGCAGUAUUAAAAUCCAACGUGCAAUGAUAUGUAAAAGCAAAGAAGGCAAAGAAGCAAUUAAACAUACUCAAACAAU